AUCUCAGCCUCCAUCUCAGCCUCCAUCUCAUCCUCCAUCUCAUCCUCCAUCCUCACCAGCCCAUCGCACCGGGCUGCUGCGUCUCUGCCAUUCCUGCCGCUGUCUGCCUGUCUGCCUCUGCCUGUUUGUCCGUCUGUCUGCUACCAGCCUCCCGAGCUUGCACACAGCCCGAUCUACCCUUCGUCUAUUUAUCCUUGUCUGCAGCCUCGCCUCCAGAGCGUCCGUCUGCCUCCCUGCCUCCAUUUUGAAUGAGCACCGUCAGCGCUUCCACAUCCGCUUCAAAAAUGAACACCUCGUCCUCCGAGCUGCUACGCCACAGGAACAAGCGAAGAGACGAUACGAUUCGCAAAAAGGUCGAGCAGGAGCUCUCCCGCAACUCGCCUGGCCGCUCCAAGCGCUCCUCGCAAAAGCCCGGCCCUGCUCCCUCCGGCUCCUAUAGCUCCCAGCGCCGCCCCACCAAGGGCACCGUCUCAUCGCUCCGCCCUGCCGCCGCCAUCACGGUUCUGGAGUCUGCCCGUAUUGUCCAGGCUGCCCAAUUAAUGGCGGCUAAGCGCGCCGAUGCCGUCCUCGCCAUCAACGACGAGGGCCAGCUCACCGGCAUUCUGACCGAUAAGGACAUUGCCUAUCGUGUCGUUGCCGGCGGCCUCGUCCCCAGAAACACCACCGUCGCCGAGGUCAUGACCCCGAACCCCAUCAGCGUCUACGACAAGGGCUCCCGCAAUGAGGCCCUCUCCAUCAUGGUUGAACGCAAGUUCCGCCAUCUUCCCGUCAUCCGUGAGAUGGUCGACGAUGACGACUUUGACAACGGCGACGAAGAUGGCCCCGUCUCCAACGUCGUCGGCCUGCUCGACAUCACCAAGUGUGUCUUUGAGCGCCUCGAUGAGCUCGAGAAGAAGGUCAACGAGGACCAGAACAUCAUCAAUGCCAUGGAGGCUCUCGAGCGCCGCGGCACCGCCGCCUCGGACGUUGUCGGUGCCAUCCGUGUCCAGCACGCCUGCCCCGAUGUUGCCUCGGUCAUCCUCAACUCGGCGGACCAGCUGCAGGCUGAUGUCCCCGAGGUUAGUGUCAAGGCCUCUGUCCGUGAUGCCGCCAAGGUCAUGAAGGAGAGCCACCAGACCGCCGUUCUUGUUCUGGCCGCGCCCGAGGGCGAAGACCGCCUCAACGGCAUCUUCACUACCAAGGACAUUGUCCUGCGAGUCGUCGCCGCUGGUCUCGACCCGGCCACCACCUCGGUUGUCCGUGUCAUGACUCCCCAUCCCGACUCUGUUCCCCCCAACGCGACUAUCCUGGAGGCUCUGCGCAAGCUCCACAUCGGCCACUAUCUCCACCUGCCCGUUGUCGAUGGGUACACUCCCGUCGGACUCGUCGAUGUCCUGACCCUCACCAUCUCCAUGCUGAACUAUGUCAUGAACAAGGAUCAGGGCGAAAACACCGGCGGUGAUCAGGGACCCAUGUGGAACCGCUUUUGGAACUCGACCUUUGCCGGCGGCGACACCGAGUCCGAUCGCCACUCCGUCAACUCGGACGGCCAGAUUGUGCCGCCGAGCUCCUACACCGGCUCUCAGGCUAUCAGCGCACACAUGGGCGGCCUCGUGGGUCUCAACCGCGAACUUGCCCCCGACGAUGCGGCUUCCCAGGUGUACUCGGCCGCCGCUGGAGGCGUCGUUGAGGAGUAUGCCUUUAAGCUGCGCGACUCGACCACGGGCAAGGUCUACCGCUUCUCGUCGCGAUUCGACUCUCUUCAGGAGCUCUACCUGCACGUGGCCUCGUACCAGACCGACGGCAACAAGAGCACCGACCUCCGCCUCUCGUACAUCGAUGACGAGGGCGACGUCGUCCAUCUCUCGACCGACAAAGACCUCGAAGAGGCUGUCCAGAUGGCUCGCCGCGCCAAUUGGGCUCGUCUGAUGCUGUACAUGGGCGAGCCCCCGGCCCCCAACACCCGGACCGACAGCCCCAGCGGCCAGUUCGAGGAGGCCCAGCGAUCAGUCUCUGCCGAUGCCGCUGCAAGCUCACCCGUCCAGCAAGCCAUUGAUCUGAUCAAGGACGCUCCUCUGGCGGUCAACGUCGGCGUCAGCGCCGCCAUUGUUCUCGUUACCGCCUUUGUGGUCUCGAGGAUCGUGCGCUACUAAGCUCGCUCGUCGUCCUGUUGCCGAUGGCUCUGCUGCCCACGAUAUUUUUUUUGCCUCUGCGAACCGACAAGGUAGCCUGGUCCUUCAAUAGAUUGCGCAACUCGCUGUGUGCAGCCGUGAGAGUGACAAACAAAGCAUCCGUUGGAAUCCAAACAGUAAGACCAUCGCCGCGACAAAACCUCCCGCCGUUUUUCACUUGCUCUCGGCUGCAUCGCGAGGGUGCGGUCGCGGAGAUGGUCGACUCU